UCCAAUCCUGCACUCAGUGCAGCCGAGCUGCAGCCUGGCUGCUCAGCUGAGCAGCUACAGGAAUUGGGAAUAAUUGCUUCAGUGCUGUUCAGUGUGCAGAGGUCGCUGAGGUCAGAGUGCUGCAAGUGCAGCCCUUGGGUGAUGGUUCCAUGGCAGUGCUGGGUCCUGGGCUGGGAUGGCACAGCAGGAGCAGGGGAGCAGCUCCAGGCAGAGCUCGGUGUGUGGAGUUUGCCUUCCCUGUCCCCUUCACGGUUCCCGUCGUUCCCCUUUGGAGGGCAAAGGGAAAGAGGAAUUCCAGCCAGCAGCUCUGAAGGAGAGGGAUGUUUGUGUGCACAGGCGUCCCCCCUGCACUGCACAGGCUGGGAUGAUGGUCACGCCCAGGAAAACAGCCCAGGGUGGGAGCUCCUGGCUGCACGAAGCAUCCCAGGGCCAGUGAGCAUCGCUGAGGGAUCCGUGAGCUCCGAGCACAGCCCUGGCACAGCCGGGAACACGAGCUGGCAGGAGCUGCAGCCAGGAGGGAGCGCUGGGAGAGCAGCUCACGCUGGAAGUGAGCCUCUGCCCAGGAUUCAGGCAGACACAGCGGGGCAGGAGUGGUUUGCAGGUUUGCCUGGAUCAUUCCAGGAUCGUUCCAGGAUCAUUCCCUGUCCCUCCAGGCCGAUCCCAACCAGCCCACUGGCUGCAGCCGCAGCAAGAACUGGUUCAGCACCUUCAGCUCCCUCUCCCCUUUCCCUGGCAGGGCUGUCCUGGCCAGAGCCGUCCAUGCCAACGAUCUCUGCUCAGCCCGAGGGUUUCUGCUUCGAUGGCUUUAAAAAAGGAGCUUCAGCCGCUUCGUGUUUAAAGAGGAAGGACUGGCGGAGGAAAACCAGGAGCAGGGUGGAUGUUUUUCCAACGCUGCUGGCACUGUAAAUGACAAUUAACUUCAGGUGGCACAAAGAGAUCACUGUGUAUAAACCUAAGCCUUGGAACCUGUGAGCAGUGUCAGCAUUUGGGGCACCAAAACCCCAAAUUCCUGCAGGUGACAGGAGAAUUUCUGGCCAUCCUCACCUCCCCAGGACUCUCAUUCCUCCCUCACCACGAGCACUCUGUGCUUUAUCCAUUGUCUGAAGGCGGCAGAGUCGUAAUUCCAUUUUUAUUUUGGAAAAAGCAAUACAAGCUGUGCUGUAGUAUCAGUGUUCUUGUGGUAAAUAAUUUAUUUCUAAGCAUUUCACACGGCAGGCUUAGAGCAGAACGGAGGGGUUUGGGAUGUGAAAACAACCACAGAACAAGGCAGUUCUGCAGUUCUCCCAGGACCUGCACGAGAGUAAUCAAAUCCCAGUUCCUAAACCCACAGCACAGCUGGAAUUUCACCUGGAUCUCGGAAUACAAGAGCAUCAUUCCCUCAGUUAUGCAAUACUGUAUUACACCCCCCCCCCUCCAAAAAAAAAAAAAAUAGCCUUUAUUUUUUAAAAGCUUUGACCUUUUCACCAUCAGAACACUGACAUCUGAAACCCUUGUCUGGAGAGUGUUGUCCCCAAGACUUUUUCAUCCCUAAAGAAACACAAGCCCCUCCUGAAAUGCCACCCCAGCCCCAGGUGCAGCUGUGGAGCAGAGCAGAAGGCAGCAGUGUCCCUCGGGUGCUGGAGGCACUGGUGACCCCUCAGCCCUGCUCCUGCAGCUCUGGGCAGCCCUGAGCUCUGGCUCUGGGAGCCUCCAGGGCUGUGGGGUCGUGCCAGCCCGAGGGGAAGCCCUGGGAGCGUGGCCAGCACGUCUCCGUAGUCCCUCCCCCGUGUAGUGGAUGUGUCCAGGUUAAUUCUGUUCAUGCAAUUGCAAAUUCUGUAUCGUUGUCCAUUAGAAGUGUAAACUACUGAAAAACUGGGCCUUGCUGAUAUGAAUAAAGUGAUUAAAAAAAUGGUCUUUACACACA